AUGAGUGGAAGUACUGCUUCUCACCCAGCCUCGGGGUGCUGGGAGCCGGUGCUGAGUCCGCCAGCCUGCCCCACCCCCCAGGAGCUCGUGAGCGCCGAGGAGGAGUUCAGUGCCAUCACCGACAAGAUCCCCCAGCGACCUGUGGGUGUGGUGGAGGGCACCAGCUACACCGUCAUCAUCCUCGCAGCCCUGGGGUUCGCGGCGGCCGUGCUGUAUGCCGCUGUGAACGAGCUGCUGCUGCAGCCCGCCGAGUACACGUGCUACAACAAGACGCUGGACCUGAUCCGCGACGACCCCCGCGUGACCGUGCGCCUGGGCGAGCCGGUGCACGCCUACGGCACGGAGAGCAGGAAUCGGUCGGCGCGGCAGCGCAUCCCACACCGCGAGUACCAGGACGUGGAGGGCAGGCAGCACAUCCAGAUCCAGUUCCACCUCAGCGGCCCCAGCGGCCGGGCCACUGUGAACGCCGACAUGUACCUAGAGAGUGGGGCCUGGAAACACAAUUUCCUGUACCUCGACGUGCAAGAGCCCAUCCGGCAGCAGGUGGGGCUGCGGGCAGGCCAGGCAGCUACUUGA